AUGAACCGGAACGUAACAUAUUGGUUCGUCGCUGCAUUGACCGAAAUGCUUUUGAUUCAAGUUGUGAUCGCCAAUAGCAACGGUACAGCGAGAGGCAGAGAGAAGCGGCAGGCAAUUCGACCAUUCCCUAUGACCAGAGAAUUGAGUCCAGGCGUGGUGGUCCAUCUGGGUCCAUCGGGUGUGAACGCCAUACGCCUAACAAUGGCAAAAAUGAUCACCACUAUGCUGCCUAAUCUGAAGAUCCGGAAGGUGUUCCAGGGUCGUAAAGGUAGGAAGAACAUUCUAGUGACGGAUUUAAUCGUCCGAACAUUUAAUCCGCCGGAUGACAUUGUGAUUGACUUCAGGUCUGACUCGCCGAAUCAGAUGAUAAUCAGCAUCAACCCUUUUGAUCUGACCGCGACGAUGAAUAUUCGGACAGACUAUCGUUUCCUGAAAUUUGCGACGUUUCAUUUGUCGUUCAAUCACGUCUCUUUGAUGUUGGGUCUGCGAUUCAUGGCGUCACAGCAUUCCAUCAUGCUUCUGGCAGUCGGCGAAUGCGAAUUCGUGUUGAAGGACUUUCGGCUGUCCUACAGUAACCUAGUCGGCUCGAAGGGGCCCUUGAAACUCGCGUUGCCAAUUAUUCGCAAUAAGCUGAAGAGAUUCAUCAACGAGAAUUUUUGCGGAAUGUUACGGAAUGGUACAGAACUAUCGUUCAACACAUUCAUUCGACAGUUUCCGGUGUUCAUGCCCAUUGUACCGAACAAACAUUAUCUCCCAGUGUACCGUCGUCCACGAAGUAUCGGCUUAUUGGGAUACGACCAUUUGCCAACCAUGGCUGAGAAGUUUGUGAACAUAGCAAAAAGGCUGUUCAUGGACGUGCGAAUGCUAAACAAUCCGAUCGUCGUCGACGACGUGCAAGGAAAACACCUAGAGGCGACCCUCUCGGGCAGAAUAUUGUGGAACCGGGUCAAAGGUGCGCCGUUCAAUCCUAACCCUUUGCCUGGCAUCGCUACUCAAUCAAAUAAGAUGCUGUACAUUUGCAUUAGCGAAUACGUUUUCAAUUCAUUGCUUUUCCAUCUUUUCGAUCAUGGUUUGUUCAACAUAAAAUACGAUGGCAGCGAGUCUAAGGAGACCAGAAUGAUGCUGCGUACCUCGUGUGACGAUAUUUGCAUUGGUUUAAUCGUGCCUCAAAUGGAAAAGAAGUACCCGAACCAGCAUACCGUUUUCAAGAUGAAGAUGAUCAAACAACCGUUGAUUGAGCUCAGGCCGUACGGAAUGAUUUUAAAGAUACAUGGCAUUGCUAGCUUCGUCCUUGAAAAUCGGACCCACUAUGUCACCUUGUUGUCCGGUGAUAUGAUAGCCGAAUCUAAGUUGCACAUGAAGCUAGCAAAGGACCAAGUAUACGGCACGGCUGAAAUAAUCAAAUUUUCCUUCACUCCUGACAAAAGUAUGAAACUGAAUUCACUUUCGUUAGACAUCUUAAACGACGCUCCCAGAAUACUGGCCGAGAAAGAAUUGAAUAACUUGCUGAGCAAAGGAUUCAAGAUUCCUCACAUCCCAAUUAUGAAGUUGUUUCCGAAUGGUAUCAUGCCAAGUAUGAACUCCCUUCUGGUAGAAAUGGACUUUAGCUUGAACCCAAGCUUGAGUCAUAUGCUGAUGCAGUACAUGAGAAGCUAUUACGCAUCGCCACGGAGGAUAUGA